AUGAUCACAGCCAUCUCCCACGUCAACCUCCUUGUCCCACCGGGGACAUUGAAGGAAGCAACCGAGUUCUAUGCAGAGACCUUAGGACUGACUGCUACCCCAGUCCCGCAGCUCCAGAGGGAGACUCUUGCUUGGUUCAACAUCACGCCUGAUGGUAGUCAACAAAUCCAUAUUGCCUUUGGGCCGAACGAACCUAACUCGAGACGGCAUCCCUGUCUGCGUGUAGGGUCGUUGGAUGAUCUGCAGAGAUUGCAGCAGCGGAUCUGGGAUCACCAUCUGCGCGGGGGUCCUGCUGCUCCUCUCCAUGCUGAUCAACCAGGCGAGUCUUCCGGCUCGAAAGGAGUAGAAUAUCCGACUCGGUUCUUCGCCAGGGACUACGCAGGCAAUCGGAUUGAGUUCAGUCUAUAA